CAUACUCAUGUUUGCCAUCAUCGGAGUGGAGUUCUACAUGGGCAAGUUCCACUCCACCUGCUUCACUGUCGACCACUGGUGAGCGAGCAGCAGCUUUCCCCUGUGGUACGGAGGCCCCAGCCAGGAUGUGUCCUAAUAGUACAGAGUGUACAGAGUACUGGAUCGGCCCCAACUACGGCAUCACCAACUUUGACAACAUCCUGUUUGCCGUGCUCACCGUCUUCCAGUGCAUCACCAUGGAGGGAUGGGUGGACAUCCUCUACAAUGCUAACGAUGCCUCGGGGAACACCUGGAACUGGCUCUACUUCAUCCCCCUGAUCAUCAUCGGAUCCUUCUUCAUGCUCAACUUGGUCCUGGGUGUCUUAUCAGGGGAGUUUGCCAAAGAAAGAGAGCGUGUGGAGAAGAGGCAGGACUUUCUAAAGCUGCGCAGACAGCAGCAGAUAGAGAGAGAGCUGACGGGAUACCUGGAGUGGAUAUGCAAGGCAGAGGAGGUGCUGCUGGAGGAGGAGGAUGAGAACGCGGAGGAGAAGUCCCCUCUGGACGUGUUGAAACGAGGCAAGGUCAAGAAGAGUAAGAAUGACCUGAUUGGUGCUGAGGAGGGAGAGGAUCACUUCACUGACAUGUCCUCUGUUGCCCCCCCAGGCUCUCCGUUUGGCCGGGCCAGCGUGAAGAGCAGUAAGCUGGAGAGCUCGUCCUACUUCCGCCGCAAGGAGAGGAGAAUGCGUUUCUUCAUCCGUCGCAUGGUCAAAGCCCAGAGCUUCUACUGGAUAGUACUGUGUCUGGUGGGCCUCAACACACUGUGUGUGGCCAUCGUCCACUACGACCAGCCUGAGUGGCUCACCACUGCCCUCUACCUGGCAGAGUUUGUGUUCCUGGGUCUGUUCAUGUCUGAGAUGAGCCUGAAGAUGUACGGCCUGGGAGCCAGGAACUACUUCCAUUCCUCUUUCAACUGCUUCGACUUUGGUGUGAUAAUAGGGAGUAUACUUGAGGUGGUGUGGUCUAUGAUCAAACCAGGGGCAUCCUAUGGCAUUAGUGUGCUGAGGGCUCUUCGUCUGCUCAGGUUAUUCAAAUUUACCAAGUACUGGAACUCCCUGAGGAACCUGGUAGUGUCUCUUCUCAAUUCAAUGAAGUCCAUUAUCAGCUUGCUCUUCCUCCUCUUCCUCUUCAUCGUUGUCUUUGCCCUGCUGGGCAUGCAGCUCUUCGGAGGACAGUUUAAUUUUGAAGAGGAGACGCCGACGACCAACUUCGACACUUUCCCGGCGGCCAUUCUCACCGUCUUCCAGAUUUUGACUGGCGAGGAUUGGAAUGCAGUGAUGUAUCAUGGUAUUGAGUCCCAGGGGGGCGUACGGCGGGGAAUGUUCUCCUCGGUCUACUUCAUCGUCCUCACACUCUUUGGAAACUACACUCUCCUGAACGUAUUUUUGGCUAUCGCCGUCGACAACCUCGCCAAUGCACAGGAGCUCACCAAGGAUGAGGAGAAGCAGGAGGAAGAAGCCAAUAAGAAGCUGGCCCUGCAGAAGGCCAUGGAGGUGAAGGAGGUCAGCCCCAUGUCAGCAGCCAACAUCUCUAUCGCUGCUUUUGUAAAGCAAAAUCGAGAUGCACUCUCUCGCAGCUCGUCCGUCUCCAGCGUGCAUUCACCUAAAGAGCAGCAGAGAGCCAAUAAGAUAAUGUCAGUGUGGGAGCAGCGCACCAACCAACUGCGUCGAAACAACCUGAGAGCUAGCUCCGAGGCUCUGUUCAACGAGCUGGAACCCGAGGAGCGUCUGCGUGUCUCCUCCGCCCUCCACCUGCGCUCCGACAUGAAGACCCACAAUGACCGCCCCCUAGUGGUGGAGCCAGGUAACGGGGACAAACCCCGACCCCCCGAGGAGGACAGAGACGGAGCAGACUCCCAGCAAGAGGGAGGAGACGCCCACGGCCCACAGCCACGCAAGCACUACCGUCACCGGGAGAGGAACGGGGAGAAUGGGGAGAGCAGGCAUCACACCCACCACAGCCGCAGUAGGGACCACUACCACCCAGACGGGCCCCGGUCCAAAGAGGUCAAGGGGGAGAGGAGCCAUAGUCGAGAGGGGGGGCAGGGCCACAGGCACCAUCACCAGGCUGGAUCCCCAGAGGAGGGGGUUAACGGAGGGGGAGAGGGAAGGGAAGACCGCCACCACCACUCCGACAGACAGGGGGACGGGGCUCUGGCUACCAGGGACAGACUGGAGAGCAGGGGCCGGGGCCACAGGGAGGAGAACGGAGAAAGGAGGAAGCACCGCUCACGCAUAGUCAGGGCCCAGUCAACACUGGAUGGAGACGAGUGCAGAGAGAACGGAGAGAGAAAUGGAGACAGGGACCAAGGACACAGGGACAGGCAGACCGACUCUCAAGGGGAGAGCUUGGCCACCAGUCCUGUGCAGCCUCCUGCAGGUCUGCAGGCUGGAGAGAAGCAGGAGGAUGCUGACAACCAGAAGAACAGCCACAGAGCCAGCCAGGCAGGCCUGAACAGCAACACUGUCCACAUCCCUGUCACCAUCACCGCCCCAUCCAGAGAGACCACCAUCAUACCCAUGGAUAACAUAGACUGUGAGAGCCUCCCCCUGAACGAGGAGAAGAAGGACUUGGAGCAGGAGCUGAAGAACGGCCCCAAACACAUUCUCCCCUACAGCUCCAUGUUUGUGUUUGGACAGACCAACCCGGUGCGUCGGCUGUGCCACUACGUGGUGAACCUGCGUUACUUUGAAAUGUGUAUACUGUCGGUCAUCACCAUGAGCAGCAUAGCCCUGGCUGCGGAGGACCCUGUGCAGGCCAAUGCACCACGCAACAACGUGCUCAAGUAUCUGGACUACGUCUUCACAGGAGUGUUCACCUUUGAGAUGGUGAUUAAGAUGAUAGACCUGGGACUGCUCCUCCAUCCUGGUUCUUACUUCCGGGACCUGUGGAACAUCCUGGACUUUAUUGUGGUCAGUGGAGCUCUGGUGGCGUUCGCCUGCUCAGGAACUAAAGGCAAGGACAUCAACACCAUCAAGUCUCUCAGGGUGCUGCGAGUUCUAAGGCCUCUGAAGACCAUCAAACGACUGCCAAAACUCAAGGCUGUGUUUGACUGUGUGGUCAACUCUCUGAAGAACGUGCUCAACAUCCUCAUUGUCUACAUGCUCUUCAUGUUCAUCUUCGCUGUGAUCGCUGUGCAGCUGUUCAAGGGCAAGUUCUUCUACUGCACCGACGAGUCUAAAGGUCUGGAGAAGGACUGCAGGGGUAAGUUUCUCGACUAUGACGGUGAUGAAGUGGCGGCCCAGGAUCGUGAGUGGAGGAAGUAUGAGUUCCAUUAUGACAAUGUGCUGUGGGCCUUCCUCACCCUAUUCACCGUCUCCACCGGGGAGGGCUGGCCAAUGGUCCUAAAGCAUUCUGUGGAUGCCACCUAUGAGGAUGAGGGCCCCAGCCCAGGCUUUCGUAUGGAGACUUCUAUCUUCUAUGUGGUCUACUUUGUGGUCUUUCCCUUCUUCUUUGUCAACAUCUUCGUGGCUUUGAUCAUCAUCACCUUCCAGGAGCAGGGAGACAAGGCCAUGUCAGAGUGUAGUCUGGAGAAGAACGAGAGAGCUUGUAUCGACUUUGUCAUCAACGCCAAGCCUCUGACGCGCUACAUGCCAGCAGACAAGCAGUCGUUCCAGUAUAAGAUGUGGCAGUUUGUGGUGUCGCCGCCCUUUGAGUACUCCAUCAUGACCAUGAUCGCACUCAACACUGUGGUGCUGAUGAUGAAGUUUCACGGUGCUCCGGAGCUGUAUGAGGCCAUGCUGAAGUACCUGAACAUUGUGUUCACAGCUCUCUUCACACUAGAGUGCAUCCUCAAGAUCAUCGCUUUCGGGCCACUGAAUUACCUGAAGGAAGCUUGGAACGUGUUUGACUUUGUGACAGUAUUGGGGAGUAUCACAGACAUCUUGGUCACAGAGAUUAAGGACAAGCUGAUCAAUCUGAGUUUCCUGAGGCUGUUCAGGGCGGCCAGGCUCAUCAAGCUGCUGAGGCAGGGCUACACCAUUCGCAUCCUGCUAUGGACCUUUGUCCAGUCCUUCAAGGCCCUACCAUACGUCUGCCUCCUCAUCGCUAUGCUCUUCUUCAUCUACGCCAUCAUCGGCAUGCAGGUGUUUGGAAACAUUGAGCUGAAUGAGGAAUCAGCCAUCAAUCACCACAACAACUUCCAGACCUUCUUCCAGGCUCUGAUGCUUCUGUUCAGGAGUGCAACAGGUGAGGCGUGGCAUGAGAUCAUGCUGUCGUGUCUGAGUAACCGUCCAUGUGAUAAGCUGUCAGGGUCCGGAGGGAAGGAGUGCGGCAGUGACUUUGCUUAUUUCUACUUUGUCUCCUUCAUCUUCCUCUGCUCCUUUCUGAUGCUCAAUCUGUUUGUGGCGGUCAUCAUGGACAACUUUGAGUACCUGACCAGAGACGCCUCUAUCCUGGGGCCUCACCACCUGGACGAAUUCAUCCGUGUUUGGGCCGAGUACGACCCUGCUGCCUGUGGCCGUAUGACCUACCUCGAUAUGUACGAGAUGCUCCGUCACAUGUCCCCUCCGCUAGGUUUGGGAAAGAAAUGCCCGCCCAGAAUCGCCUACAAGCGAUUGGUUAAGAUGAACAUGCCCAUUGCCGAUGACAACACGGUGCACUUCACGUCCACUCUGAUGGCGCUCAUCCGCACUGCUCUGGAGAUCAAACUGGCAUCUGGAGUCCUGGCUCAGCGUCUGUGUGACGCUGACCUGAGGAAAGAUAUCUCCAGAGUCUGGCCCAACCUGCCUCAGAAGACUAUCGACCUGCUGGUCACACCAUAUAAAAAUGAUGAGUUCAAUGAGCUUCUUUGCCCCUUUGCGGUUGUAAACCGAGAGCUGACAGUGGGGAAGGUCUACGCUGCCCUCAUGAUCUUUGACUACUACAAGCAGAACCGGGCCAAGAGACUGGAACAGCAACUGGGACUGGACUUCACAGGGACAAUUAAGAAUAAAAAGGGCCCAGCCUUCUUCCGCCACAUGCCCAUGACCCAUAUGCAGGAGGAGGGGACAACAGUCUCCAGAGCCAAUCCCCUGCCAUCCUCCCAACCUGAACCAGAGUCUCAGCCAGAGCCCAUGCCAUCCACCACCUCUCUAACCAAUGGGGAAGCAGUGCCAAGCACUAGAAGUCCUAUAAAAGAGUCAGGAGAGCAACUGUCUCAGGAGGGCCAGCGGUCCAGCAGUAGAAAAAGGAUUCUACAGAGGGGCCAGUCAGAGGACGUGCCCUACUCCAACAAACCUCAGGAAUCAGUGGAGAUGAGGCAGGUGGAGAACGGUGCUGAUAUAGGGGGCUACUCUGGUCUGGAUGGCCAUGGCAGAGCAGCCUCCAUGCCAAGACUGGACUCCCAGUACUAUCGGAACCACCCUCGUCACCUACCUGGGACCUACCUGGCACCUAUUGCUGACAUCAGUCCUAUCAGGCGGUCGGCGUCCACGUUGGCUUCCCAGUGCCCCCAGGAGAUGAGUCUGAGAGACUACACCCUGGAGCGGCCCAGCCAGGCCCAAGCCCAGGCCUCCUCAGCCCCAGGUCAAGCCCAGGACAGGCCCCAUCACCAUCACCACCACCGCUGUCACAGACGCAGGGACAAGGACAGGGACAAGAAGCAGAAGUCACUUGACAGGGCAACCAGCGUUCAGCCUUCUAGUGAGAGGGGUACCCACAUGAUGCAUGCAUGUGCACACAUACACACACAGACUUGUUUCACAUGGUCAUGCAGCAACAUACACACUCUCAAAGAUAUCUCACUCACUGUGGAACCCAUGCAGUCCAAGUUGUUGAACUAUGAAUUCAUACAGAAAUAGAGUAAGGAAACCGUUCAUUCUCAGAAGCAGCAAAAGAGCCCUUGCUCUUGUUCCAAAUCGCUUGGACGCCUUUGCAUAGUGGCAUAAAUUCCUUAUCGGAUUACGGGCCUGAUCGGGUUAUGAAGGAAAGGGGUUUCUCUGUUGCGCUUCCCAAAGGACUUGAGCCAGGGAUUUUGUGUGUCAAGUUUUCCAUCUGACUAGCAAAGAGACUUAUGAGCUCCCCGAGGAAAAUCUGCUUUGUGUGGAUUAGAUUUUUGAUUUGUAUUUGCCGUUCUUCUUUGUUCUAUGGCCUCAAAAACGGUAGUUAUAAAAUGUUGGCUAAGCUGCUCCAGUAGUAGCUCCCCUUAGGGGCGACGGGGCAGCCGCUCUACAAACUGUGUACGAUGUGAAAUCAGCACGUCUCAUGUACAGGCUGUGACUGAGUGAGGCUUAAAAAAACUUUCUAGUGGAGAAUAUCUCUGGCAGCCUGGGCCCCA